GGAAACCUGGUUGGACAUGUACCAAAGGAAUUAUCAAGGCUCUUUCAUAAGUUCCUAAAUGAUUCUGGAGAACUUGAAGCAGAAUGUAUUGGAAAUAGGCUUAAUGCUGGGAAAGGAAAAGGGGUUGAAAUCCCUGUGGACUACAGACUUGUGGCCAAUGAUUUCUAUGUGGGAAGGCUCAAGAGGAAAUUAUCGAAGAAGGACUUUGUUGAUGAUAUCAACAUCAGUAAAAUUCAGCAAAUAACAGAAACUGGCUUAACGAGAUAAAAAAACGCUCAUUGUUCAUAUAUAUCUAUCAGCCACAAGCAAAAACAAUUGAUGUGCUGUAUCUCAAGGAUCUAUCACUUUAAAUGAUCUCACAUUGACUUGAGAAGCUGAAGCACUGCCCAUUGGGAGCUUACUUUGUUUUGAUAUUUUGCCAUUAUCUAUUUCACUGGGAUAUAUUUUUAUAUUUUAUAUUUAAUAUCUUGUGAUUCUGACAGAGUUGGAGAUGGUCAGAAAACUUUUUUUGAUACUGCCUUAGUAGGUACUUGCAAAUACUUGAGGAAUUAUUUGAAU